AUGUUUUCAUUUGCAUCCUUGUUUGCUGGCUAUUUAAAAAUGAAGGAAGGGAAGUCACUAACUGAAAAGCUAUGGUUUAGGGUUUUUGAAGACAGAAGUUUUUAUUUAUAUGGCUUUUAAAACAGUUAGGGACUACAGAGCUUCACAGUGGUACUAUGAGGGAGCUAGGGGAGGGUAGUGUCUUCCUCCAGCAUCUUCUGGAUGAGGGCAGCACGGCGCACAGAGGCUGUGAGCCAUGCAGGAGCCCUGUGUGUGCUCUUCCCUCAUCCGAGCAGCGAGUAACUAGCCUGGCUGUAUGGAGUGGAGGGGGGCGUGCUCUCUGUUCUAGAUCACAGUCCCCUUUCUCAGAGUGUUCAGGGGGCCCUGGGGGCUUCAGGAUCCUUGCAGUGGUCCUACCAGAUCAAAACUAUUUUCAUAAUGAUACCAAGAUUCUCGGUUCCUUUUUCAUGCUCAUCUCACAAGUAUACAGAAGAGUUUCACCAACACUGCAGGACAUGUUAAAUGUCAUUCUUCUGAUGGCCAGUGGAAUACGUGUUAGUGUGUAACCUUGCAUUUUAAAAAUUUCUGUUUCAAUUCCUAACAUGCUAAAUAUUGAUAGGUAUAACCCACAUAAACACAAUAAAUUUGAAGAGUUAAAAAGGGUACUAAGACAAAAAAGUUUGAGAAUUGCUGUUUCCGAUAAUUGCUAAGUCUGUUAGAGGUGCGACUUAACUUGGUGCUGAAAACACCUCUGUGAAGCAGCUUCUAUUAUUACCCCCACUGAACCCGUGAGGAAAUGAAGGCCUGAGAAAGCGAAUGACAUGCGGAAGGUCACAUAAGUAGUAAAGUAGCAAAGCCAGAAUUCGAACCCAGUUUUCGAAUUCUUACCUCUUCUGCUGACUGUGCUGUCAGACAGGCGGCCGCUCAGAGGAGCAUCAGGAAGUGCCAAGAUUUUGACACUUAACUUCUCAGAAGAGGACCUGACUUCUCAGAACCUGGCCAUCCCCCAGGGAAUGCAGGUAUGAAGAGGCUGCUCAUGAACAAUGUAAAGCAGAGGUCACAUUCUAGUGGCUGUGGGCUGACUCCAGCCCACAGAUGGGUUUGGUUUGCCUUGUCAACGUGAAAAAUCAACAAUUGGGUGUCUUUUUUUUUUUUUUUAAUCUGAGAGAUUUCACUUAAAAAAGAGGUUCAGAUUGCCAGGUAAAUUGACAAAGUGGAGAUCUAGCUGUAUUGGACUGAUAUUCUGUACCACCGCAGUCCGCUGCGGUUUAUGUCACUUGCUUUUAGAUGAACAGUGCGCUCUCUAGUGUUCCACAGACCUCACCACUCCCUAUUAUCCCCAUAUCGUGUGAACCUCAUUUAUGUUACAUGAUUCAGGUGUUUGGAUGGGAAACAGCUGGAGAUGUUCUGUCUACUGCACAGUAUUUAUAGCUAAUCUGUUCUCAACUUAAUUGAAAACUAAAAGGACACUGGCAAUCAGAGGGCAAAAUACAUCCCACUCUCAUGACCCCAAGCUGGGUGUAGUAAAAUGGCUUCUUUCCUUGCUAAAGCAUAAAAUUCUGAUUCAUUAAAGAAUAAGGACCUACCAGUGAAUUAGAAUUUAUUUUUAAAUGUGCAGCCUUUUCUUUUUAAAGUGUGAUAGUGAAAUAAGCACUUUACACUGACUGCCCUGGUUUUGCGUUUAUUUUAGUAAUGUCUGUUGUCCCCAUUCUUACUGUGUCUGGAUCCUUAUGAAACUUACAGUGUCUCUGUGAACCUCUGCGUGCGUGCAUGUUAGAUCAGUCAUUUCAAACAAUGUGAGACUGUCAACCUAAAGGACUUCAUUAUCCUGGGCAUUGGGACAGAAUUAUUGAAUUUCAGGUUUUUAUGCUUAAAAUAUCUCCCAUUUCAGCAGUGAAUAUUAACCAUUAUCCUAAUUUUAGAUGUGUAUUUGUUUGCCUUUUUUCAUCUGUUGCCCAUGACUGUAAGCUUCAUAAAGGUGGAAAUGAUAUCUGUUUCUUCAUAAUAUAUAUUCUAUGCCUUGCAUAGCAUUUAGCACAUCAUAACAGUAAAUAAUGGAAUGAAUAAAUGAGGAAAUAUGUAAUUGCAUCAGUUGUGUAUAUGAUAACUUUUAUUCUUUAGCCCCAGGAAUUAUAUUAAGAUCUUUAGUAAAAUUUUCUUUCUAAUUUGAGGGUUAAAUUGGGGAGACCUUUAUUCCACUUAAGUGUACGUCCACGUAAAUAUACAUCCAGUCAUAUGUGUGUGCACACACGUGCAUAUUUUUCCUGUGUUAUUUAGGAUAGCUUCCCCUCUUCCUGAUGCAAGGUUAGUAGGAAAGUUACAUAUCUAUCCAGCUAAGGAUAAGCUGCACGUUGAGACCAGGAUGCAAGCUCAAGCCAAUGAACAUGCCAAGUUCAGCAUAGAGACCCCUCCGUAAAAACGGUCUUCCUGCAGUCAGAAGUGGCAGAGUUAUCCAUUGGAAAAGUCUCAUGUGUAACAGCAGCUUUUAGGCAGUGUCUUCUCCAAAGGGGGCAUUAGCUCUUAACCUAUUGCUGAAAGAGAAAUACCAUUGUCUAUUAAUACUACUGGAACUAAAGAUGAAUAGUGAAUUGGCCUUGAUCUGACAGUGAGUUUGACUUUGAUAGCUCAUCACUUAAAAAGGUUCUUUUAUAUUUAUGAAAAAAAGCAUGACGUCAAGCCAGAGGGGAAAUUAGUAUCAAUAUUUAAGUCCAAACUCAUAGAGCUUCCAAAAAGAAAAAAAAAAAAAAGCCCCUUGUGUGAACGGGUUUUUUACAUGCAUAACUAAUUAGCUUAGGUUAUUAUAAGCAGGGAUGCUGUGAUAAAGUUUCCGGUGGUGUCUCGGGAUACUUUGUUCAUAGUGCCUUCUCUGUGCCAGUCAGUCUACAAGUCGGAAUUACAGAAAGUAGAGGGAGUGAAUAGUCUACCGUUCUCCUUGGAUUGGGGCCACCUAAAACGUUGUUAUGCUGGAAAUGCUAGAAUAUAAUCACUAUCAGGUGCAGACCCACCUCGAAAACCCCACCAAGUACCACAUACAGCAAGCCCAAAGGCAGCAGGUAAAGCAGUACCUUUCUACCACUUUAGCAAAUAAACAUGCCAACCAAGUCCUGAGCUUGCCAUGUCCAAACCAGCCUGGCGAUCAUGUCAUGCCACCAGUGCCGGGGAGCAGCGCACCCAACAGCCCCAUGGCUAUGCUUACACUUAACUCCAACUGUGAAAAAGAGGGAUUUUAUAAGUUUGAAGAACAAAACAGGGCGGAGAGCGAAUGCCCAACAAUGAACACUCACUCCCGAGCGUCGUGUAUGCAGAUGGAUGAUGUUAUUGAUGACAUCAUUAGCCUAGAAUCAAGUUAUAAUGAAGAAAUCCUGAGCUUGAUGGAUCCUGCCUUGCAAAUGGCAAAUACGUUACCUGUGUCCGGAAACUUGAUUGACCUUUAUGGCAAUCAAGGACUGCCACCCCCAGGCCUCACCAUCAGCAACUCCUGUCCCGCCAACCUUCCCAACAUCAAAAGGGAGCUCACAGCGUGUAUUUUUCCCACAGAGUCUGAAGCGAGAGCAUUGGCUAAAGAGAGGCAAAAAAAGGACAAUCACAACUUGAUUGAACGAAGAAGAAGAUUUAACAUAAAUGACCGCAUUAAAGAGCUAGGUACUUUGAUUCCCAAGUCAAAUGAUCCAGACAUGCGCUGGAACAAGGGAACCAUUUUGAAAGCAUCUGUGGACUAUAUCCGAAAAUUACAACGAGAACAGCAACGCACAAAGGAACUGGAAAACCGACAGAAGAAGCUGGAGCACGCCAACCGGCAUUUGUUGCUCAGGAUACAGGAGCUUGAAAUGCAGGCUCGAGCGCAUGGACUUUCCCUUAUUCCAUCCACGGGCCUCUGCUCUCCAGAUUUGGUGAAUCGGAUCAUCAAGCAAGAACCCUCUCUUGAGAACUGCAAUCAAGACCUCCUUCAGCAUCAUGCAGACCUAACUUGUACAACAACCCUCGAUCUCACCGAUGGCACCAUCACCUUCAACAACCUCGGACCCGGGACCGAGAGCGGCCAAGCCUACAGUGUCCCCACGAAAAUGGGAUCUAAACUGGAAGACAUCCUGAUGGAUGAUACUCUUUCUCCUGUUGGCGUCACUGAUCCCCUUCUGUCGUCAGUGUCGCCUGGAGCUUCCAAAACAAGCAGCCGAAGGAGCAGUAUGAGCAUGGAGGAAACUGAGCAUGCCUGUUAGCACAGCCCCCUGCUCUGCAUUCUCACAGACUGCUUCUUCCCGAUUAGUAGAUUUAGUAAUUGACCUGCAGGGGUUUUCUUGAUAAUUUUCCUUUAAUAUGAAAUUUUUUUCAUGCUUUAUCAAUAGCCCAGGAUAUAUUUUAUUUUUAGAAUUUUGUGAAACAGACUUGUAUAUUCUAUUUUACAACUACAAAUGCCUCCAAAGUAUUGUACAAUAAGUGUACAGUAUCUGUGAACUGAAUUCACCCCAGACGUUAGCUUUCUGAGCAAGAGGAUUUUGCGUCAGAGAAAUUUCUGUCCAUUCUUAUUCAGGGGAAACAUGGUUUGUGUCACCCCCUGUGACUUCCUUGGAAAGUAGAUGUAAAGUUUAAUCAUAAGAAUGUAAAACAACCAAAAAAAAAAAAAAGAAAGAAAAAUUGGAAAGAGAGAGACAGAAAGGCAGAGAGAGGAAAGAAAGGAAAAUCUACACAAAAUUUUUUCCAUUUUGUAAAUGUGUUCAUUGGUACUGUCUUAAAGAUACAGUACCCUUCUAGCAGUAUUUAGUCUUUAUACUGCAAACUAUUUAAAGAAAUGCUAUAUUCUGUAAAAGAAAAAAAAAUACAGCAAUUUUCAUGACAAUUGUCUUAUUAAGUAAACAUAACUGAUACUUUACUUAGGUGCAACUGAAAUUGAAGGGAGACAGACCAAUGCUCUGAAACAUGGGGUCUCAUGGUUGACUCCGUGCUGUUCCCAUUUUCCUCAUCAAUGAGUAUGAUUCAAUUUUUCAUAAGCUCUAUUUUAUUUUGAAAUGAAAACUAAUGUCCUCUCAAAGUAAAAUAUUGAGGAGCACUGAAAGUUUUACUUUUUUUUUCCUUCAAUUUUGCUUUUUGAUAAGAAAACCAAACUGGGCACAUUUCUAAUUGGCUUCACUAUUUUUAGUUUUAAAUUAUGUUUUACUGUUCAUUUGAUUUGUACAGAUUCUUUAUUAUCAUCGUUCUUUUCAAUAUGUUUGUAUUAAUUUGUAAGAAUAUGCAUCUUAAAAUGGCAAGUUUUCAAUAUUUUUACAACUCACUGGUGGUUUUCUGCAUUCUUUGUACACACAAGAAAGAAAACUUUUAUUCAAGGUCUUGUGUUUAAAGAGAGCUUUGCAAAUAUUUUGUAUAUUACAGCCUCACUCGGGACUGUUUUUCCACACAUUUAAGAUGUAGUAUUAUUAAUAGAUUAUAACCUGCUUUCUAGGGAGAAUAAACUUACAUAUUUAUUUUUAGUGAUAUAAAAAUAGCAGUAUUCUUGGAGAAUGAUAACCAUAGCAUUAAUACGCCCAUUAUGGUCAUUUAAAUUGAGGUUUAUUUCAACAAACUUGCUGAAUUUUUUUAAAGAGAGAAAUACUGUAUUGGCAAAUUACUGUUCCUUGAUAACAAUGUUUUAAAAAGCAGCAAUGUUGUAAAGUUAGUUUCCCUGUGCAUUAUCUACUUGUGUAACCCUAUGCAAUAACAGUAGUGUUAUUCUAUCAGGCCUAGAUGUUUUAUACAGGUGAUAUACAUGGUGUUAAGAGCCAGGCUGUAGAAUGGAAUUUCUCAGCAGCAGCCUACAAUUGAAUAGCAAGUGGUAUAACGCAUAUCCAUUCAGAAUGAAGUGCCUUAAUAUAGCAGUAGUCUUUUUUGGGCUAGCACUGACUGAACCACAACAGAGAAAGCUUCAAGAUGGUAUCUGUAGUCAAGAGGACAUGUAGCAUGGUGCCUAUGUAGACAAUAUUUAAGAGCUUCCAAUUUUCCUUCUGAUAUUUUUAAUAUUAAAUAUAUUUUAGUGACAGAGUGCCAACUUCUUUCAUCAGGAAACCUUAUUCAGGAGGGUUUUUUAAAAAAAAAAAGAAAAUGAGUUUAAAUGUCAAAUGUGAAUUGGUGAUGGGUGUUGGAGGGUUCUGAGAGGAGUGAUUGUCAGGUGUAUGUGUGGAUGGCUUACGUGACAAUAAUCAGCUGCGUAGUUCCCAUGCACGCUGGGCAAUGAAAAUCCUUGGAAACAUUGAUGAUGCUAUCAGUUUCAUAGCUUUAUUACUUAAGGAGGCAGGGAAAUCGGUUCCCAUUCUUUCAACCUCCUUGAUUGUAUAGCUCUUUUCCUAGAGUAGUAAUGCGAAUCUGCAUGAACAGCUAAUUGUACCAUAGUGUUCACUGAUACAAUCAUAGCGUUGUCUAGUUUUCUCUUCAUAUUUAUAUGGGGGGAGGGGAGCUGGGUGCAAAAGUCAGCGAUUGCAAUGGUGUGAUGCUAGUUUUCUUUAGCUGAUUUGGAGCAUUCUUAAAAACAGAGCAGGGUUGACGAGCCCAUGGCCAGGGCUAAGUGACCUCAUAGGAAGCUUUGUUGAGAGAAAGCAUGGCAUCUUGUACCACUGCCCUGGAUCUCACAUCUCCUGAGCUCACCAUUCUCUGCUUCCCUUUCCCCUUCUUCUCAAGAGACAAUUUCUGGGAGUGGAGAUGAGUAAGCCCAGGAGAAUGCUGCAACUUUGGGGGUGGUUUUAUUUAUUUCUUUUUUGCCAAAUGGAGUGUGGGUUCCUUCUAGGGACUAAAUUAAGCCACGAGGUGGUGGUUUCGGCUCGCUAUUUGUGAUGAAUGAUCCACACCACUCCCUCAUCUCUGGGUGCAGAAUUGUGACUCGGGGAUCGACCUCCAUCUGGAGUAACUAAAAUGCCAAAUGUGUCCACCUGCCUCGGUCAGGUAAUGGAAAAACCAAACCUUCUGACUUUGCCAAAAACCAUGCAACCAACUUGGUCAUACACAGAAUGACAGGGUUCUUUCUGGUUGUUUUUAAAUAAUAAAGCAAUAAGAACAAAUAAAAUACAUAGAAAGUUAAAAGAUACAAAAUAAAGCACAAAGGAAUGCACUUAUCAAUAUUUUUUAAAUGCACUGGGGGAAAGUUGAUGUUGACAACAGUGUAUUAAAAAACCCUAUUUCUUGAAAAAAAAAUGACAAACGACUGUCUCUUGCGUUCGCUUGGUACUGUAAUCUAGUCAUCUGCUGUUGGAUGCACCAGUUAAUUUCUGUAUGAUCCAUAGCACUGUAUAUUAUGGAUAAAUAUUAAUGUAUCCAAAUAUAUAAUUGAACUGUUGUUCUUGAUAGCCUCAUUAAAGCAUUUGGUUUUUCACAUA